AUGGGGCUAGUUAUACUGCUGUUUGCCAUUGGCGCCGGCCUGAACUUCAAGUACGUGGGAGGCGAAGACUGGAGCAUCCUUGAGGCCAUCUACUUUGCUGUGGUCACCAUGACAACCGUGGGCUACGGAGACUAUGCGCCAGUGACCACAGAAAAGCAGAAGCUGAUGGCGGUGAUCUUCAUUUGGAUGUCCAUCACCCUGCUGGCGGUGCUCUUCGGGUUUAUCAGCGCAGAGGCGGAGUAUCUCGUGGAAGAGACGGAAGAUGAUGGCCCUCAUCACCCGUUGAAGAAGAUGCGAAGCCGUUUCGGUUCUCGCUUGCGGAAGCUCUUCCAAUCGGGGCUUCAUCCUGGGCCAGCGCUGCUGUUGGUGCUGCUGCACCUUCUUGCCGCGGUGUUGCUGGUGUCGUGUGAGUCCUGGAGCCUCAUCGACAGCCUUUACUUCACCUCGGUGACUCUGACCACGGUGGGCUACGGCGACAUGACUCCCAAGACCAGCGAGGGGCAGCUGGCGACCACCCUCUUGGUGCUCACAGGCGUGCCUUCUACUGCGGCUCUGGUGGCGUCUGCGUCGGGACGUUUCACCGAGAAGCUGACCGAGCGAUUCCAAGCGCUCGAGGAUUGA